AUGAUUAUCUAAAGAGGCAGCCACUAUAAUACCAUGUUAAAAUACACGAAACGUACAAAUACGCUAUUUUUUCUUAUAUUUGUAAAGGUUGGUCCAACUUAAUUAGGGAUAUCACUAGAUUAUUUAUAAAAAUACAAAGAAUCUAUUUCUUAAUAUGAUCAAGCCCUUAAGUUGAAUCCUUUAAAUCAGGAAGCAUUUAAGUAUAAAUGCAUCCGUUAUAAAUAUAUUAUUAGGAAUUUCUUUAUUACCUAACUUGGACUCAAUGAGAAAUCUAUUUAAUGCUGCAAUUACUAUAUGGAGCUAAAUCAACAAGACACAGAAAUAUACUAUCGAAAAGGUACAUGAAAUAUGAAAAAAGGAAUGUCAUUACAGUUUUUGAAUCAAUGUGAAGAAGCUCUAACAUUUUAUGAUUAAGCUCUAUAAUUUACCUAUUAAUCUAUUUAGAAUAAUUAGGUAUUGAACCAUCAUUCAUCAAUAGUCAAAGCUCAGGCUUAAAUUCCUCAAUGGUUAAAAAAUCAAUAUCAAGAUACCAUUUCUUCGUAUAAUGAAUUUCUUUAAUAAAAUCCAAACAUCUUUAAACAUCUAUUAAUAAAGGUAAAAUUAGAUCAUAAUAAUUUUGAGGAAUAUUACUAAACUAAUUAGAGAGAUUUUGAAGAAGCUUUGAUGUGCUAUUAUUAAGCAAUCAAUUAAAAUGCAAAGAACUUUUGAAGCAUUAAAUGGCAAAGGUAAGCAAUAAUAUAUUCUAUUAGGAAUUUCAUUACAUUAUCUAAAAAGAUAUUAAUUGGCACUUGAUUACUUUGUUAAAGCUCUGAAAGUUAAUGCUUCAAAAAUUAAAGCACUUGUUAAUAAAGGUAACAGAAGGACUUAAAUAUUAAUAUUUUUAAGGAAUAUGCCUAGCUUAAUUAGAUAGGUAUUCAGAAGCAAUAGUUUGUUAUGAUAAAGCCAUCUUGAUAAGCAAAAAUUAGCUUAACUAUUUUAUUCAAAAAGAUAUCACAUUUUUUUAUGUUGUAGAUAGGAAUUUAAUUAUAAGAGAUAAUACAUUAUAAUAAGGCUAUUUAAAAUAAUAAAGUAGAAGGUAAUAGUUUUUUAAUCCAUUAGAAUUUCAAGUUAAAUAACUAGAAUAUCUUUAAACUUUAACCUUCUCUGAUUCGUAAAUUAAUUCAUUUACAUAAAUUGAUAAAAUUUAUCCUAAUAAAGGUAAUAAUUUUUAAUUUAUUGUCUUUAGUUGUAGCAUUAAGCUAAUUAUAAAACUAUGAAGACUCUUUAUUUUGUUAUGAGGAGGCUUAAAAAAAUAAAUGCAAGUGACCCAGAAUCUCAUAUUCAAAAAGGCAUAUUAAUCAAUAAUGAGGGAUUACUUUGUAUUAUUUUAAUCGAUUUGUGGAAGCAAUUGCUUGCUAUGAUUAAGCUAAACAAUUGGACUCAAAAAAUAUCAAGUGUUAUUUAAACAAAGGUAUAGUAUAAUUUUUCUAGAAAUGCAAAGGAAUGGCUUUAUCGAUGA